AAACAGGAACCAUGACUUCUAAGGCAAAAAUUGGCGCCGAAGAACAAAUCAAAGAAGCUGAACACAGGCGACAGAUGGAGAUGAAAGAAAAGGAAGAAAGCAUGAAACUGGCAGCCUUCCAAAGAGAACAGGCAGCCCAAGAGGCAGCACACAAAAGAAAACUAGAAGAAGAAGAGGUGGCCUACCGAAGGAAACAAGCAGAAGAUGAGUUGGCCCACCGCCGAGAAAUGGAAAAACAACAAAAAGAGAAUGAAGAGAAGGAAAAACAGAGAAAACAUGAACUGGACUUGGCAAAAGCUGGGCUGCCUGUGCCAGCCAACCCUAACAACCCGGCGCCAAAUAUUGCUCCACAGAACAGGAAAUUUCCCACCUACAAGGCAGGUGAUGACACCGAGGCCUUCUUGGAAAAUUUUGAAAGAGCCUGUCUUGGGUACAACAUCCCCGAGGACCAGUACAUGGUAGAAUUGAGGUCACAGCUCAGUGGACCUUUAGCAGAGGUGGCAGCUGAAAUGCCUAAGCAGCAAAUGAAUGACUAUAAACUUUUUCAAACCAAGGCCAGAUACAGAAUGGGGAUAACCCCAGAUCAUGCCCGUCGGCGCUUCAGAACCCAAAAGUGGAAACCAGAGGUGUCAUUUCCCAAACACGCCUACUACAUUGCAAAAAACUAUGAGUAUUUCCUGAGCUGUGACUCUGAUGACGAUGACUUGGUGUCUUCCUUGCUGUGUGCCAUGGAAAGAAACAAUUCAAGAUUACUGUUGGCAUUCACGGAACAUCUGCACAUGGUGGACCAUCGGCUCUGGGUUCGAGAAACAAGAACUGACUGGUGGGAUUGCAUCAUUAUGCAGCAAUUGGGAUCAUGA